UCGAUAACAGACAGGAAAACACUACUUAUCUCAACACGACAUUACAUGUUGUGUUUGACAGCCAGGGGUCAAUGCUUUAAACAACUUAUAAAAAGGUUUUUAAUUUGUGAAUAGCUUUAGGAUGUAAACUGCAUCAUGUAAUCAGACGAAAAGAACAAAUUAUACUCUAAUGGAUCGUUUGUGAAGUUGUAUGUCGAAAAAAAAUACUGCUGUUGCUCGUACGCUUGAAAGCAAUGGUUUGUCAAAAUAAUAAAGUCGAGGACGAAGAAAUGUGUAUUUUACAAAAGAAAAUUAAAGACGAAGAAAAAAAAGAUGAAGAAGAAGAAGAAGGAAUGGGUCUUGCAAUGUUUCUUGGAAGUGUGUUUGCGUUCGUGUAUUCCGUUGCCAUGCUAAUUAUGGGUUCGCUGUAUUUCUCCGAAUGUGAAUUGCAGCCAUUGUUACCAAUAUACCUCUUCGUAGCUGGAGUCGAUGUUCAUUGCGGCUUCAUAGCGUACUUUAUAUCGCGUUGGAAGAAACUGAAAGAUAUACGAAAAGUAUUACUCCCCUUUGUCUUAUUCUUCGUUUUAUGGUUUAUAUUCGGUAGCAUAGUUGUGUUUUCGAAAGUUAAAGACUGGCACUCGCCUUAUCGAUGCAACGUAGACUUGUUCAACUUCGCUCGUGGUUCGUUAGUCUUCUUUUGGGGCACCACCCUAACCUCGAUAUUAAUUUGGUUCUGCAGAAGGUAUAUUUUCGAUUAGCUUUUAAGAAGAAAGCAGAAUUAAACAGAACACGAAAAGAGAAUAUUUAUUCGCCAUGAUACCAGCGGGUGCAAAUUCAGAUAAGAAUUUCAGUUUUUAUUUUGAAGAAAACUCUGUAAAAGAUAGCAUUAAUAGAGACAUCAACAACUAUGUUUUAGUUGUAAAUGGUAGCAAAUUUCAGUGACUGGAAGUUAUAAAAAACUGUGAUAAGCACUUGAGAAGACGCAUACGUGUUUAUAUAAAUAAACGUCGGAUUGAAUAAGCGAAGAAAAGAAGCAAUUUAUUUGGACAUUUUUUUGUUAUUCUACCUAAGAAGGUAUGGAAAAUAAAUUUAAAAGCAAAAAGAACAAAUAUGCUAUUCCAACAACAACAACAACAAUUUAUUUUAUUUCAUCCUUUGAAGAUUUACGUCGUUUAAUUCUCUUUUCAGGAAUUACGAUAAACGAUCUGAUUAAUCGUGUUCAGCCUACGCUCGAUAUAUAGAACUCUCAAAAGUUAGAGGUAACGGAUAGCUGAGCUUUCGAGCGUCGAAGACCUUUUAGGUCCGAAAAACGCGUACUUGUUUACGAAAGUUUACGUUCUUGUUUAUAUUGUUUAGUCGAAAACGAGAAACAGAAAAAAGACAAAAUAUAUUCUUUUCUCAGCCAACGUUGUUACCAUGAGCUUCCAUUGGUAGCCAUUUUUUAAAAAAAUAAGAGGAUUUCCAAAAUCUCAAAUUGUAAACAUUCAAAAGUCUCUUUUAUGUAUGAAUCGAACUUUUUAUAAAAUCGCAUGUUUUUGUUUCAAGAAUAAGAAAAAAGUUCGAGAUAACCUAAUAAAAUUAGUUGAAAGGACCGGAAAAAUAGUUCGACAAAGCGAAAGUUUGAGAUAACGCAGUUCGAGAUAUAGAACGUAAUUUUGCCUACUAGAGCGACAGUUCGAGAUAGCGGGUAUUCGAGAUAUCGAGCGUCGACUGUAUUUCAAAUAAAAUAUUCAGUUGUUACGUUGUGUAGGACAUACCCUGUGGAUCAUUGAUAGGCGAUUUUGUUGUUGUUGCAAUACGACAGACAUAAAAGAAUCGUUUUACCAGAGAUAGAGAAAUGUAUGUUCUGGCGCAGUCGCGCACGCGCACGGUCAAACCACAACAAGUCCCUGCUCAUCCAGUACCUAGUGGGGUAAAUCCCUAGUUGAGUCAUGAAUAACGGAGGUAAAGUCCCUAUCAUACAAAAAUGAGUAAAAAAAGUUCUAGCGCACCUAGAGGGGGGAAUUCCCUUAUAUAGUGAUGACGUCAUCAAAAAUCAACGCAUGCACAGUAAAGAUGUAAACAGAUAAAAAAAAUACUAAUAAUAAAAUGUGCAUUAACUGUCAAAGAAAAUUCGAUAUAUUUGGAAGUGCUGUAGUCAUGACAUUCAUAGCCGGUAUUGGUCUCUCCCUGCCCCUUAUAGCCUUAGCAUUAGUACAAGAAUCAGAGAAGGAGAAGGAUAAUGAACGGAGGAUUCAAGACCUGGAGGUUGAUAUUUAUAACUGUAAAUAAAUGCAACAAUGUAAGAACUGUGAACGGGUACUCGAUGAGUAUGACAGAUGUAGCUGCGGACGUCGGUUUGUGGUAAAAGGUAAAAUAUUGUGCUGGCACUGCUACCAGGAAUAUAUCACGUAUAACGGGAGUAGUUGUGUAUGUAAAACGAGAAGCAAUCCUCUGAAGUCAUUUGAAUUUCAACAAGAAGCCCUGGGGGCUUUAAGAAUUUCUGCUCGCUACCAAAAUAUUUGAUGACAACCUGCCAAUAUGUUGUGUUAUCGUGCCAAACAUUCGAAGAGGUUUGGUGCAUGAAGCUCUGAAGAUAAAGCACACAUGUGACAUUAUAUCUUAUAACAAACGCAAACAAAACGAAACGUGUCAUAAUAAACUCACAUUUUAAAAGAAAUUGCUAACAAAAAAUACAACCUAUCAUUUAUGGUUGAAAUUCUUGUGCUUGAAACGUUUAUGGUCUUAAACAGCAUUUAGUUGACAAAAAAUCAAAAUUUUGAUGUGACCAUCAU